GGAUGCUGGGCGGAGCCAGGCUAGCUGCUACACAGGCCGGCUAGCUGACUGCUGAGGGACUUCCACACUUCUACUAGAGAGGAAAGAGACUGACAUGGAGCAGAAGAAGGGACUGAUCAGCCUCAUCCUGGUGAUCUUUCUUCUUCAAGAAAGCCACUUGAUAAAAUUGGAUGACAAUCGAGGAGAUGGUCCCGUACUUCUGACAUGUGACUUGAAAGACAUGGCUAUCAUGUGGUCUAAAGACGGGAGCACAAUCAGUCCCUACAACACAACUAAAAACACGUGGAAUCUCGGAAGUAUUGCCAAAGACCCUCGAGGCACUUAUUGGUGUCAAGGAGCAAAGGACAAAUCAAAGACACUCCAACUGUAUUACAGAAUGUGUGAGAACUGCAUUGAGAUAAAUAUAGGCACCAUAUGCGGUUUUAUCUUCGCGGAAAUCAUCAGCAUUUUCUUCCUUGCUGUUGGUGUAUACUUAAUUGCUGGGCAGGAUGGAGUUCGACAGUCAAGAGCCUCAGACAAGCAGACUCUGUUGCCUAAUGAACAGCUCUACCAGCCCCUCAAGGAUCGGGAUGACGACCAAUAUAGCCAUCUCCAAGGAAUUCCACUGAGGAGGAAGUGAGCUCAACACGACUCAAAGUAGGUGUUGUCCCUUGCAUCCAGUAUCCAGGAUCAGAGCAAUGUGUUGUGGCAGGGAGGGAGAACCGUCAGAGAAAGCGUGGGGUUUUCUCAAAAUAAAAUAAAAGUCCAAGCUUGGGGAAGCUGGCAGCGUAACUCAGUAAUAGAGCACUUGUCGAGUUUGCUUAAGUCUCUGUGUUAGAUUCCCAGCACCCUCUCCCCAGACCCCCAAAAAACAGUGAAGGAAGUACAAGCACAGUGUAGUGUUUGCAGAGCGCCAUCUAUUGGGGAAAAUUGUAAAAGACAAAAUUAAAAGAGCAAGUAUAACCCA